AUGGAGGGCGUUGAAACUACUGAAGUUGCCAUGCCAAGUGCAAAAGAAAUCAAGAAGUGGAGUCCGCAACAAGUUCUUGAAUUUCUUGAAAAAAAGAAAGAUGAACUAUUUCUUAAGAACCAACACAUCAAAAUAAUUGAGGAUCAAGAAAUUUCUGGUCAAGCCUUUCUGGAUUUGACACAAGAUGACCUUAUGAAUGUUGGAAUGACUCUUGGACCUACUAAAGCAAUAAUAAGGUUGGUUAAGAAAUUGAACGGCGAAGAGCAAGUGACGUUAAAACGUAAACAUGAAGAAUCAGAAGAUUUGAGCGAAAUCUUAAAAACAACAUUGCGAGAAGAAUUCACUCGGCAAUUUCCUGCUCAGAUACCAGUUUCAGAACUUUCUGGAAAAAAGAUGGAAAAAAUAAUGUCUGAUAUUGGAAUGCCGACUAUAGAAGAUGACUUCGAAUCAUUUAAACCGGUCUCGUGCACACCCUUCGAUUGGGAUUUAGAGAUGAGAGAAUCUCAGCAGAUGACCAAUGUUGUGAUAUGGCUUCAGAAUGCAUUAGCACUACCAAAGGGCCUCCGUGGUGGUGACAUAACUAUUGGACCAACUGAAACCCCUUGCGUUUGGUUCGAAAUCAAGAAAACACCUGAGGCUUUUAAAGAAGCUCAAGCCAUAGGGAAACUAUUCUUAUUGGAUUCUCUCUCCCCUCUACAUCCAAUGGUCGUCUUGACGGAUUGCAAUGACCAUUGGAGUCUGUUCUUCUUUGAGAAAUUACUUUUUGUGACUAACCUGACAAAAGCUAGAAUUAAUCAUCGUGGUACUGCCUUGGCGGUAAUUAGACAAUUUGUCCUUGAAGAAGCAAGCGUGUUUUACAGUUGGAGGAACAAGCGCGUCAACUUCGAAGCGAAACCAUGUCAACCUCUUGAAAAGAAAGCAAAAUUUAUUCAAUACACACCUGCAACAGAGGACAGGAUGGCCGAGUUAGUUGAUGACAUGUCUGAACAAGAAUUAUUCAACAUGACGGCUCGCAAAAGAUUAAAGAUAUUAAGGAAUUUGUGUAGAUUAGAUGAACUGCCAUAUGUGGAUCAACUUAUUGGGCAGUUUAGCGAUGAUUAUGAAUAUACACCGCCACAGAUGUAUACAUAA